AGUCUGCCUCCUAAAAUUGAACAGGAGUCCUCUUAAAGGUACAGUAGGCGCUUUGAACGCUAUGCGUGAAAACGGUCUGCAGGACAUGGCGGCUGGAGAAGAAACUUUAGAAUCUUGGCUCAACAGAGCCACAGACCCCAGUAACCAGGAGGAGAAGUGGGAAUUCAUCAAAGGAUUCUAUGAGCAGGUUAACAAAGAACUAGAAGGCCCACAGAUUGCUACUCGCCUCCUGGCUCAUAAAAUCCAAUCACCUCAAGAGAAGGAGGCGCUGCAGGCACUCACAAUUUUGGAGACCUGCAUGAACAACUGCGGGAAAAGGUUUCACAGUGAAGCUGGAAAGUUCCGAUUUCUGAAUGAAUUGAUCAAAGUCUUGUCACCAAAGUAUCUGGGAACGUGGAGUACGGAGAAAGUGAAAUCAAGGCUUGAACAAACACUGUACAGCUGGACUGUGUGGCUUCCAGAAGAUGUUAAAAUAAAGGAAGCCUAUCACAUGCUGAAGAAGCAAGGUAUUAUAAAAAAAGACCCCAAGUUACCAGAGAACACACUGUGGCCACCUCCUUGUCCAAGAACUGGAAGCUCGGUGUUUGAUGAGGAAGAUAAAUCCAAGCUUUUAGCCAGGCUUUUGAAAAGUAGCCAUCCUGACGACCUCCAGGCUGCCAACAGACUGAUUAAGAAUACAGUGAAGGAGGACCAAGAGAAGAUGGAGAAGGUGUCUAAACGAAUAAACGCCAUUGAAGAGGUUCAGAAGAACACGAAGCUCCUGAAUGAGAUGCUGACUAAUUACAGGAGCAGGGACAUCUCCGACAGCGACAGAGACAUCAUGAAGGGCCUGUAUGACAAGUGUGAGAAGCUGAGACCGACCCUUUUCCGACUGGCCGGAGACACUGUUGAUAACGACGAAGCACUGGCGGAAAUCCUCCAAGCGAAUGACAAACUGACCCUGGUAGUUCAUUUAUAUCAAGAGCUUGUUGAAAGACGAGAAGUGAAUGGGAAUAGUGGAAGUGACCAGUCCAAGACAAAAGCUCCACAGAGCCCAGGUGCUAUCAAGAGUUACCACCUCAUAGACCUGGCAGAGCUGGAGUCGCAGUCCAGUCCCAGCACGGGGUCCUGCGAGAGCCCCCAGUGCAGAGGAGGCAAUCUCCCCACCUCCUUGCUGGAUGAAGAGCUCAUGUCGUUGGGACUGGAUAGCCCAUCUUUCCCACUGAUUUCAGGAAUGUAUAACUUGGCGUUAGAUCAGCCUGUGAGCCAGAGUGGGUUCAGUGGUAGUAAGAGUCCUGAAGGGCUGAGAGCCGCAGUGAGCAGCAGCCAGGGCAGUAUGCAGGACCACCUGUGGCUGUGUGGAAGAGACUCCUCGCGAUGGCCUCUGUCACCACAGGCUCAGCUAACCAAGCCUGGGUACGUGCAGAGUACGGACACAGCACAGUCCAGGCCUCUCCUACAGCCCAGGUCAGCCCUGGGUGACCUCCAGAACCAUCCAAUCACAAGCUCGGCACGGCACACUAAACCUGUCAGCCCCGCCCAGGGAGAGCCCUUGCACGGCUCUCUGUCUGACGUCUUCGUUUCACUGGACUCCAUUAAGCCAGGUGGCAUUCUUCCAGUCACAGCCUAUGAUAAAAACGGCUUCCGAGUGAUGCUGCACUUUGCCAGAGACCCCCCUGCUGGCCGCCCUGACGUGCUGGUGACUGUGCUGUCCAUGCUCAGCACCUCCCCUCUCCCCAUCAGGAAUAUUGUAUUCCAGGCUGCGGUGCCCAAGGCUAUGAGAAUCAAGCUGCAGACAGCGACCAGCUCAGAACUCCCUGCUUUUAACCCUAUACUGCCCCCUGCUGCCAUCUCCCAGGUCAUGCUGUUAACCAAUCCACAGAAGGAGAAGGUGCGGUUAAGGUUCAAGCUGAGCUUCACACAAGGCGGCCAGUCCUUCUGCGAGGCUGGAGAGGUGGAGCACUUUCCAGAAAUCGGCUCCUGGACCGAUCACUGAAGGGAACCUGCUGACCCUCUCCGCCGGGACUCUGUGCAAAGAGUAAACGGGUUCCAAAUACGAACAUCAUGAAAGAGCCGAGUGCUAGAAGAGAUUCAAAAUGAACACCAUUGGUAUACUGUACAGGAGCGGAAACACGACUCCUAUUGCAUAGCAGUUUGAUCCAUUUGUGGUUUUACUAUAAGACGACACACCGGGGCUAAUCAAGCUUGUAGUAAAACCUGGAAGGGGUGAAACUACUGUGCAAUAGGAGUCUUAUUUCCAUCCCUGUUGUAUGAUAUACUGCAGCACUUUAAAAUACGUUUCAGUAAUUUAGUUACGAUUACUAUUAGCGCACAGAUUUCCUGUUGAAUUUGAACUCGUAUGAAGUCAUUAGUAAUUUCUAUUGAAGCUAAAAUGAAUUCUUCCCUAGUAAACACUUACUUUAAAGCGUUUUCAGUAUAAACCAGUUGUAAGGUGUUAUGGAUUUAUGUUUACUUCAUGCAAAUUAAAUAUGAAUUCAAUAAAAAAUUGCUAUAAAUUAUUAUUAGCUUGAAUUACUGGCGGUUGUUGUAAAGCGUUGCAGUUACCCGAGGCACUUGUGAUCUGUGAGUAAGGUUGUGUGUUUUAUUCAGCUGCAUCAAACAUUUAAAGCUGUCUGACGACAACAAAGAACCAUGAAGAAUCUGCCAAGGGUCAGGCUGACCACUUGCUUCAAGAAUAAUCAAUACAUAAAACCCUCCUAGUUGUUCUUCUGGGACUGUUCUUCUAAUAAAAUAAGAGGUCUUGUUUCUCUAGUGCUGUGAAGAGGCACGUUGCAUUAACCUGUGCUUUCGCCAGACAUGAGCAGAAUAAAACAUUUGUAUUAUUUAGAUAGCUUUGUGGCUCAAGACCAGCCUCGUAUGUUACAUUUUCGCUGUGUUAGCAGCUAAUUUGUGUGACGUCAUGAAGGUUACAUAACAGUUUAAAUUGAAGGUGGUCUGAUCACAGCUGCUUGCAAAGUCAUACUGGGGAUACAGUGUAACUGUAAUAACCCAAUCAAUCAAAAACCAAAUACAGCCCUGUUUGCAUCACCAGCUAGUUACAAACAGCGUGGAGUAUUACCGUGCCAGUAAAGGCAUGGGACCCCAUUGCAGUUGCUGGCAGUAUAAUGCUUCAUUAUGAAUAUGACCCAAUGUCUCUUCUGAAGGAUGUUCUCGCACGGCUGAGUUGUUUUCAUGUGUAAUAAUGCAAGUGUACAAGCUGCAUCUUUUAAAUAAAAGCUUGCCUUUUUUUAUCUCCCUGA